AACAAGAUCAGGAACGAGGAAUCUUUAUAAAUUUGAUACUACAAAAUAACAAACGAACAAAAAACGCAUCCCUUGAAAAUUCAUAUAUGCAUCUACCUGCAACUACUUUGAACUAACAAUAAUGGCUUCCUCUCACUUUCUUUGCAUUAACCAUGCCAUCCCCAAUUCUCAAAAUCACUUCAGGACCAUCCACUUACCUCAAUUCAGAACCAGACCAAAUGCCCCAUCCAACCUUCACUUUCAGAGACCUUGUUUCCUCAAACUCAGAGCCAUGGCUUCUGACUCUUCUUCCACCAACUCUUCCAGGAGAAAACUGGAGAUUGUGUAUGACCCUGAUGAAAGGAUAAACAAGUUAGCUGAUUUAAUUGAUGAAGAUGCUCCCAUUUCAAGGCUUAAUUUGUUCUCUCCUUGCAAGAUUAAUGUUUUCCUCAGAAUGACUAACAAGAGGGAAGAUGGGUAUCAUGAUUUGGCAUCCCUAUUUCAUGUGAUAAGUCUAGGUGACACCCUUAAGUUCUCUUUGUCGCCUUCAAAUAUUAAGGAUGCCUUGUCCACCAAUGUGUCUGGGGUGCCCGUUGAUGAUAGAAAUUUGAUUAUUAAGGCGCUUAAUCUUUACAGGAAGAAGACUGGUACUGAAAAGUUCUUUUGGAUUCAUUUGGAUAAAAAGGUUCCCACUGGGGCAGGGCUUGGUGGUGGAAGUAGUAAUGCUGCGACUGCACUAUGGGCAGCAAACCAAUUCAGUGGGUGUCCUGCCACAGAGAAAGAACUCCAAGAAUGGUCGAGUGAGAUUGGUUCAGAUGUUCCCUUCUUUUUCUCUCAGGGAGCAGCCUAUUGCACUGGUCGAGGUGAGAUUGUUCAGAAUAUUCCCCCACUGGUAUCUUCGGAAAUUCCAAUGGUUCUCAUUAAGCCUCAAGAGGCGUGUUCAACUGCAGAAGUCUACAAGCGUCUACGGUUGGACCAGACUAGUAAUGUUGACCCGUCAAUAUUGCUGGAGAGAAUCUUAAGCAGUGGUAUAUCUCAAGAUGUUUGCAUUAAUGAUUUAGAACCUCCGGCAUUUGAAGUUCUCCCUUCUCUCAAACGGCUAAAACAGCGAAUUACGGCAGCUGGUCGUGGAGAGUAUGAUGCUGUCUUCAUGUCAGGAAGUGGAAGCACUAUUGUUGGAAUUGGUUCACCUGAUCCUCCACAAUUUCUUUAUGACGAGGAUGAAUACCAAGACAUAUUCUUGUCAGAUGCAUAUUUUCUCACCAGGGAGGAAAAUGAGUGGUACAAAGAACCUGCUUCAAAUCCUUCUGCUUCUCAUUCACUGGUUUCUGAAUCUGUUUAAUUUAUCAUCUUGUAUCAUACUAAUAUAGUAAUAUAACAUUCAUAUGGCCUCUUUUUUUUCAGCUUCAUUUUCUCUUUUAGUAGCUUUUAACUACAAAAAACUAGAUUUGUUGUAACUCAUGUGCAUUGUGCAAUGCACCAAGAAAUAAAAAUGUACAUUUUUAUUUGGAAAAAAAAAGUUAUAGAAAAAAAAUCCAUGCAUCAUUUUUAUGGGGAA